AUUCAAUGACACCAAUAAUCGUCCAAUAAAUGCCAUCCGCUGCCCACCAUAGCACCAGUCUCCCAUUCUUCAGGAACGGCUUUAGGGAAAGGGACACUAUUUUGAACGACGCCUGGAGACGUCUUGACCGGAUUCAGGUCCUCGGUGACGAGAGCCUACACGUCGGACACACCGGGUGAGUUGGCCGGCCGCGCCAGCAUAUGCGUCAACGCACUUUCCUGGAGCAGUGAUGGGAAUAUCCUUGUCUCUAGCGGCGACGAUACAAAAAUAUGCCUUUGGAAGCUUAGGAGCAACGAAUACGCAUGUGAUACCGUUAUCGACACAGGGAAAGUACAUAUGGAUAACGUCUUCAGUGCACAUUUCCUUCCAAACUCCGCUAGGAUUGCUACGUGCGCAGGGGACCGACAAGUGAGAUUAUUUGACGUGAGGCGGGGAAGUGGCCAUCAUCAUACAUCAGAAGCUUGUAUUAAGGUUUUGCGAUGUCAUCGAGGGCGUGUGAAAAGAGUCGUGCCACAGGAAGGUCCUGACUACUUCCUGACGGUGUCGGAGGAUCAGACUGUUCGUGGUCAUGAUCUGCGAACACCACACAGUUGUCCAACAUGUCCUCCACCCCUUGUGAGAACGCCUCAUCCUCUGUCUACCUUAGCAACUUCCUCUUUAUCCCCUUGGCUAUUUUUUGUGGCCGGUGAAUCACCAUAUGCGCACUUGUUCGACCGUCGGAUGAUACAUCGCGUCAUGCUGAGAGAAUGGGGCGUGCCUGCUAAGGAUGAUGAGAUCGUGACUUGUGUCAGAAGGUUUGGCCGGGCCUCAAGGGCACCUGGUGAAAGCGAGGGGGAUGAACACGUUUCUGGAGCACGAAUGUCUUCCACUAAUGGUCAUGAGCUGAUACUAUCGUACAUGGCUGAUGGGGUAUACCUAUUCUCCAUUUACGAUGACCCAGUGGACGUUUCGUCUGCAUCAAGGGAAAGGUCCAUUUUACCGUCAUCUUCACGUCACAAACGGAGACGAUUAAGUCGUAGUCCGAGCAUAGAGCUGGCACGUAUUGAUGAAGCAAGUUAUGAAAAUGGAGGCGAGCUUGACGAUGGACUUGAGAUAAGUGGUCAAGAGCUCAUUGACGCACUAAUGGCUGAUGACAAUGAUGAUGAUGAGGCGGGGGAUGGAGAGGAUAAUGAGGACGGUGAAAGGGCCAAUGAGAACGAGGAAGAUGACAAUCACCUAAAUGAAGGCGGAGACUCAGUAGCUGGCGAAACCGACAAGGAGGAUACCAGUCGAUGGGCGUCUCUUGCUCAGCCUGUGGUUUACCCCCGGCGACGGUUUGCAGGGGUGUGCAACGUUGAAACAAUUAAAGACGUAAACUUCCUAGGGCCCAAUGAUGAAUACAUUGCGUCCGGAUCCGACGACGGUAACUGGUUCCUGUGGUCGAAGGAGACGGCGGAAAUCGUUGGGAUAUGGGAAGGUGACGGGUCCGUUGUCAAUUGCAUCGAAGGGCACCCUACACUGCCCCUGGUGGCGGUUUCUGGCAUUGAUUCAAGCGUCAAACUCUUUGGGCCAGAACGUGUGGAAGUUUCCCUGCGGAAGAUUCAGGAUAAGGAGAAAAUAGUCCAUGAUAAUGCAAAUCCUCAACGACGUCUAGCCCAUCUUAGGCGGAUACAAUUGCAAAAUCUCGUGCUGUCAUUGCGUUUUGAAGACGAUCGGGAAGGGAGAAAUUGUGUGAUUAUGUAAACUAUGAGUCUGAGUGCUCCACAUAUGCUCUGUUUCCGUAUUAUACGUAUCACUUUCUUACUUUCACUAUCCCCGGGCUCCGACCCUUCUUAUCUUCUGGUUGGCACUCAAGACAGUGCAUCUGUAGCAUUAUGCAUCAUAAUACGAUUGUAAACAGAAAGCCGUUCGGGCCACGCUCCUCAACCAAAU